AUGAACCCCGACAAAAUCACCGGGCUCGAAUGUCCAUACGAAUACCUUCGAGAAGCUUAUGGCAAGUACCACUGGGCACCAUUCGUUCACAAGCUAUUACCAACCCUUCAAAAUGACGACCAUCCGAAAUACAUGAUGGUGUUGGAAAUUAUGGAUGCCAUCCACCUUUGCUUGAUGCUAGUUGAUGAUGUGAGAACCGAUAGGCGAGGACCUGCGAUUGUCGCAAAGGAAAGCCCGCUGCGCACAAAAUAUACGGCCCAACAGAGACAGCAAACCGAGCAUACUACAGAGUCACCCAGAUCCUCACCCAAACGACCAAGGAAUUCCCCCAAACUUGCCCCGUGGCUGAUGCAAGAUCUUCGAGAUAUUCUUGAAGGUCAGGAUAUGUCACUCAUCUGGCGCAGGGAUGGGAUUAGUGGUUUCCCCAUUCGAGCUAGGGAUAGAGUUGAGGCAUAUCGACGAAUGGCCUCUCUCAAAACGGGGGCAUUGUUCCGUUUACUGGGUCACCUUGUUCUUGAGAAUGAUUCUAUGGACAAGACCUUCACCGUGGUUGCCUGGUAUUCGCAGUUACAGAACGACUGUAAGAAUGUUUAUUCUUCCGCGUAUGGGAAGUUGAAAGGUCUUGCCGCCGAAGACUUACACAACCGUGAGAUGACGUACCCUAUCGUGGUGGCCUUGGGUGCACCUGAGGGCCAUUGGGUGACAAAGGCCCUAGAAUUGCCCUCGCCCUAUAAUGUUCGCAACGCUUUGAAGGUAAUUAGAAGCAGUUAUGUGCGUGACAUAUGCACAGCAGAGCUACAGAGAUCCGGUUCUUCCGUUAAAGAGUGGUUGGAAUUGUGGGGUAGGACUGAAAAACUUGAUUUGAAGGCCUGA